CAAUAUUACACUUCUUGCUUGAUGUGAAAGUAGACAGUUGUUCACUUGUUAACGCAACACUUGUCCCAACAUUCCCAGCCUGUAAAUUUACAUAUACAACUUGUAUUUCCUAUAAAUAAAGCAUUCCCGCAUUUAAAUACAUUUCGACACAAUUGAAAUUGUACAAUUUUUUAAUUUCCCCAGAAAGCAAGUUGCUAUUGAUAUUGUAUAUUUUAGCAAAAUAAAUUGAUACACGUUAGGAAAUUGUGAACCUUUAUGGUGAAGGGACGAAUCAUUUAGGUGAAAUCCCAUCGUAGUGCUUGAGUUGAGAGAGACUGCUGCUUCAUGAGCUGGACAAGUGAAAAGUGAGACCGGUGAACUCAAGUUUGGAAAAGUGUUUCUGGUAACGUGUUCGAGACGGGGAACGACAUUACAUUUUUCGUAGUUUGGAACUGACCCGAGCCUAGCAAAGCUAAAGUAAAAGUCAUCUAAGGAAAUUUAUUGAGUGUUGAAAAGGCAAAGUCAAUGAAGCGUGACUUUAUUACAUACGGUUUUGGACACGUGUAACACUGUUGUUCCCAUUCAUCUUUUCUUUCUUUUGAGCGUGGUGGUAGCUGCUGCUGAAACUGGGAUAAAUAGCCAACAGUGAGAUAUUAAGCUUUCUCCUCUAGCUUUCUCUUUGACUUGAACUCUGUCCAAGUGAAGUAAAAAAGCAGAACAAUAUUGCUUUACGACGAAAAGAUUGACUCGCUCGAUCCGGAUUCAAAGGUGGAAAGACGGCAUAUGUGCCAGUUUGCAUUUGGCCCCACUACUCAAAAUCAACAUUGACACGUUGCUUCCCCACUUCCUUAUACGCACGCACACAGCAUUGAACUUCCAGCGUGGACAGAAGAGAAAGCUGACAAAAGUGAAGACUGUGUGUCCAGUUGGUUGGGAGCUAUUAAUGGAAGCUGUCAUUAUUUCUGGACGAACAUUUAUACCGGUCGCUGCCUAUGUGCAUUCCGAAUGACACUUAUUAUUACGACAAACUACUGCUAGAUUGAGAGCUGCCGGUCAAGAACAGCGGCUAUAUGUCAACUGCUUCAAGUAAUAGUUUAGGUACUCAAUAUUCGAUACUGAUACGUUUUCGGUGAAAGUUGCCAACUGCGAGAAGCAUCAAAAUCAACAAAAAGUAGGUGAUGAGUAGGGUUCACUAUUCAGAAAGACUGUCCUUCUUGACCAUGUCGUCUGAAUAAUGAUAUGAAAUCCUGAAGUGUUUCCGACUGACACAUCUCAUUUUUGAAGUGUACUCAAUCAACAAGGAAUAAUUUUUUUUAAUCGAGACUUGACUAAUUAGGAACUUGAACGGCAGGAUGUCAUUAUCAACUAUGUUUGUGGAUUCAGUUUUUCUUCAGAAAAAGUUUAUUGUCACCAUUCUCCUAGUCUGCGUUUCAAGCUCCAUUGCAUCUAAGAAGGCAUACUAUGCUGAAAAUGAUUCUGGGAAAGUUCCAGUAGUUCACGUCGAAGGGGUUUUGGGUCACCGAGUGGAGAUGCCCUGUGAUAUCACACCGAAAAGACGAGACGACACAGUCUACAUGGUCUUAUGGUUCCGGGAGCAUGUUGGAAAACCUUUCUACAGUUUCGAUGUUCGAGGACGUGGGAUGAAGACGGCAAAAACUACGUCUACAAAAACAGGAUUUGAUCGACGAGCGGAUUUCCAAGCAGGCUCUUACCCAGCACAUCUUCUCGUCAGUGAUUUGCAGCUUAGCGAUGAAGGUGUUUAUCGAUGCAGAGUGGAUUAUCGAUAUUCCCCAACUCGUAAUGCGUUAGUCAAUCUGACUGUAGUUGUACCACCCUCGACGCCUGUAAUUUACGACGAGACGGGGCAAGAGGUUUCAUCCGUGUUGGGCCCGUACGUUGAAGGCUCAGAUGUUAGACUAAGUUGCCGGGUUUUCGGAGGAAAACCUGAACCGUCCGUCGUGUUUUACGUCAAUGGAGAAUUGGAGGACGGAACAUACCAUUCUGACCGAUAUGGAAAUGUGAUCAAUGAAUUUGUAUUUAAGGGGCUAAACCGGUCUAAUCUCAACUCCCAGUUCUCGUGUAAAGCCACCAACACACGACUCAUUCAACCGGUGGAGAAGUCGGUUGUUCUUGAUUUAAAUCUGAAGCCACUUUACGUGAAGGUAAAACAAAAGCAGGCCGACAAACUGGUCGUCGGACAAGAAUAUCGUCUUGUGUGUGAGGCAGCAGGGUCCAAACCACCAGCCGUGCUAAAAUGGAUAAAGGCAGGCAAAGAAAUUACCCACCAGGCCACCACUCAGGAUAUGGAUGCAGGGAAUGUAACCCAAAGUACGUUCCUCUUCGUGCCAACGCCGCGCGACAAUGGAGCCAGAAUUACGUGUCGAGCUGAAAACCCAUGGCUAAACCGUUCCACUGCUCCGUACAAUGUGCUCGAAGAAUCAUGGAUAAUAAAUGUUGUCUAUUUACCUGAAGUGAAGUUAUCAUUAGGGAGUACUUUGAACCCCCAAUUUGUUAAAGAAGGUACAGAUCUGUAUUUUGAAUGUCACAUACGAGCCUCCCCACCUUACACUCGAAUAAGGUGGUUCUUCCAGGAAGAUGAGCUGAAACACACGCCGACGGCUGGAAUAAUCAUGAGCAAUCAAAGCCUCGUUCUUCAAGGCAUCACUCGAACUGCACGAGGAAACUAUACAUGUCAGGCAUCCAAUAUGGUCGGGACAACUGUCAGCAAUAUAUUCCCGCUUGAUGUCCAAUAUGCCCCAGUGUGCAAGUCAGAAAUGGGUGUGACGGUGGGUGCGGUGAAAGGGGAGCAUAUCGGACUGAGAUGUGGGGUGGAUGCCAGUCCUGUUGCCUUAAGGUUCGAGUGGGAAUUUCACGGCGCGGGCGAAUCUGUGGACGUAGUUCCGGCCGGACGAGCGGUGUCACAAGGCGACCUAUCCAGAUUUCUAUACUCUCCAACCCACGAUUCCGAAUUUGGGACUUUUCUAUGCUGGGCUACUAAUGACAUUGGUCGACAAGUCCAGCCCUGUCUGUUCCACGUUGUCGCUGCUGUAAAACCUCAUCCUCUGGAAAACUGCACCGUCGUGAAUCAAACGACAACAAUAAUACACAUCGAAUGCAGUGCGCAUCGCGAGCUUCCACAAAUUCCGGAUCAACCCUUGUUCCGAAUUAUGCACGGGGACACUGAUGCAUCACAGCCCAACCAAGAUCCUGCUCAAUAUGGUCUUUUUCCAGAGUAUUACGUAAUGGAAGUCUGGGAUCUGAAAAACCGCUCCAUCCGCAAAAAUCUUAGUGCGGAAACUCCAGUGUUCAUUCUCAAAGGACUUGCUCCAGGAUCCCUGUUGAGGCUGGUGCUGUAUGCCGCAAAUUCUCAUGGUAAAUCGGAACCCCACGUCAUUGAAGCAAUUGUCGCAGGGGAUGCAGAAAAGCAUAUGCUGGGAGCGAGUACGAGUCGGAUGGAGUUUUUUCCACUGGCGGCCGUCGGUAUAGGAAUGGCAAUCGUGGGAACGGUACUUCUUCUGUUCCUGGUCAUGCUAUUUAGAACGCGUCUCACAAAUGCCAACAGUCGCACCAUGCGAACCCAACCAGCCAACAAUGCCAACAACUCUCAUCAUCAUCCCUUGGAGAAACCAAAUUCACUCAUCUUGACGUCAGGGUUGACAACGACUUCUGCCACCAACAACUCGUCAUCAACGAAUACUACGAGCAACAUGAACUCUGGGUAUCGGGCCCUACCACAAUCAAAAGCAGAGGCUGAUGCUGCCAAUCCUGACAUAAUUCCGGGUGCCAAUGGCAAAAAUUUCCCAGCAACCAAAGAUUAUAAAGACGAGCUGCAAAGAACGCUUUCCCUGCGAAAGGGUGGUGCUUUCAUCCCUGCAUCAUCUCCGCUCGAGAAUGGGCAGAGCAGCAGCAGCCCGAUGCAGGGGAAUAAUAAUGCAAAUAACACCCUUCCCAGACCUCGUCCUCCUCCCGGCCUGGGCAACACGAGUGGUGGCAGCGGUGUUGCUGGAAAUGGGUCCUUUCAUCAUCAUCCUCCUCAAAACCAAACAGGCAGCCAACAUCACCAACAACAACAACAUAAUCAACUCCAGUACCAGACAUUGAAAAAUUACGUGAAAGAUUACCCUCCUCCGCAUUAUCAUCACUCGCCCAUCCCUGCCAAUGACUAUAACACCAUUUACAUAAGAGACAAACUCCUUCACGACGUCGACAUUCCCGAGAGCUGUGUAUGAGACGCGGCGAAAACCUAUUAUGUUUAGGGCUCCAUUUAAUGAGUGUUGGGCAAACUUAAUUUGAACUUUCUCUUACAACAACAACAACCACCGUGCUGAAUAUGUAAGGCCAUUCAACAUUGAGUUUAAAUGCGUGUCGAUAAUUUCAUACCAUAUUGGCAUUUUGGCUAAAAGGGAUUAGCAAAGAAAAUAUUAUUCAACUCUUAAUACCCAAAAAUGUUUUAUUGUAUCGAAUAAUAGAAAAACUUUGUGUGUAUAUCGGAGAAAGUUCUAAAUGCAUAGUUAGAUUUUGUACGAGCGAACAGGCAGGAGCAGGAUGUGUGUAUGCAUGUAUUUGUCCAUGUGUGAAUGUAUGCAAAUGAGGUUUAUUCCAUCACUUGUGGAACAAAAUAAGCGUUUUUAUGUCGUCGUGAGAGAAUUUAUUGAAACGUUGACUUACUGCCCGUGCGGACGGAAAGUAUGAAAACGAGCCAAAUCUCACCAAUUUUAGUUGAAGUGGAAUUAUGGUGAAAAGGACGACGUCUUGCAUCUUCUGUAUGCAAAAUAACCUACGUUGGAAAAGAAGCUUUCCUUCCUUGGAUUCAUUCCAUAAGUGCUUUCUCUCCUUGUCAGUCGUAGAUAAGAUUUGUAUGUCGCAUUUGUCAUAAAAUUCUAAAGCCCGACAUGAAGAUUUCCUUACGAGACCCUCGACCUAAAUAAAUCCAUAAAACCGGUGAAAAUCUGUGAAAACUCACAUUCAAAUCUACAAGCUUUAUCUCUUUCCCCUAAAAUAAUCCUUGUCGUAAAAGAAAACAUUGCCAAUGUAAGUACAAUAAGCAGUCUGAGACAAUGCAUUCGACGAACGAAGAGAUAAUUCAAUGGGAGACACGUAUGAAUCAUGCUCAUGAGCAAUGAUAAAAAACUGCGGCGGAUUGCACAAUGUGUGGACGUGGCUGUUCUAUCUACUCGUUCCCUUGUAACAAUAUUAUUCAUUAUAUAAGAAAGAGAAAAAUAAAAUACAAUAAAAGAUUAUGCUGAAGGACGACAUA